GAAUUGUGCAAGUUGAGUCAGAGGAAAUGGCAGCUCAACCAGUCAGCGUGCUUAUCACAGGGGCCAACAGAGGCCUGGGCUUGGAGAUGGUUAAGCAAAUGUUGGAGUCUCCCCGUCGAGUGCGAAAGCUGUUUGCCUGUUGCAGAGACCCAGAUGGACCCAGGGCUGAGGCCUUGCAAACGCUCGCAAAGAAGCAUCCAAACAUCAUCUCCAUCAUCCGUCUCGAUGCCAAUGACCUUUGUAGCAUCAAACAGAGCGCGCAGAAGGUGGGAUCUGUGGUGGGGACGGGGGGUCUGAACCUGCUGAUAAACAACGCAGGCAUCCUGGCCAGUGGCACCCUGCAGGAGACCAGUCCCGAGGACAUGCAAAAUUCCUUCAACACUAAUGUCAUGGGGCCUAUGAACAUGAUUAAAGAGUUCCUGCCUCAUCUUCGCUCCGCAGUGAAGGCUAGUGGGAUGUCAGGGAUGUCCAGUAGCAAAGCAGCUGUCGUCAACAUCUCCUCAGUUUUGGGUUCAAUGGAAAUGAUAAAACAGUCAUAUGCCGCCUUCCCUGUCAUCUCCUACCGCAUCAGCAAGGCAGGUUUGAACAUGCUGGCACUGUGUGCUGCAGAGGAGCUGAAGAAGGAUGAGAUCCUGUUUUCUCUGCUGCACCCUGGCUGGGUGCGCACUGACAUGGGUGGAGAGGAGGGGGAGAUUGAUGCUCCGGAGAGUGUGCAGGGGAUGUUACGUGUGAUGGCCUCCCUGACUGAGAAGCAGAACGGAGCCUUCCUGGAUUAUAAGGGCAACACUGUCCCCUGGUAGCUUUAAUUUCAUUAAUUGCAGUCAAACACAAAAUGAACUGAAGUGAAAUAAACAAAUAUUAGUUCUUGUUAC